GAUCCAGGCCAGUAGAGAGCUGUAGCCGGCAUUUUAGUUGUUUGAUUGAACUACACUAUAACCAGAAGAGGAAGAGCCGGGAAAAGCAGUCGCUCAACACACAAGUCAAGGGGUUCAGUGCGCCAUGAUCGAUCCACUGGAAAACGACUUGUUUGAUAUCCCUAACUAUGAAAACAUAGAGGAUGAGGCAUUCCCGCCUCUUCCUCCCCCCAUGUCUCCGGGACAGGAUGAGGGGGAUCCAUUUGCAAAUGGUGAGGAGGAUGGAGACGUCUCAAAGCUACCGGACGUUCCUAAAAGGCGAGGAGUUAAGAGGCCUCAACCUAAGCUGGACUCUCAAAGACUCACAUCUGAAAGAGGACUCCCAGCUCUUCGAAACCUGUUUGACAAUGUUCGAUACAAAGGCAAAGGACAUGAGGCUGAGGAUCUGAGGGUCCUAAUGAAGAGGAUGGAGAACUGGGCACACAGGCUGUACCCCAAACUCCAGUUUGAGGACUUCAUCGACAGGCUGGAAACUCUUGGUGCCAAAAAAGAUGUGCAGACCUGUCUCAAACGAAUACGACUUGACAUGCCCCUCCUACAAGAGGACUUCAUGAGUAAAGAAGAUGAGCCUCAGGAUCGUGUCCUGGAGGAUUCGUUUGGAGAAGGAGGAUUCCCUGAGGAACCCUUCAUACAUUCCACCCCUGCCCCAGCCUCUGCCUCUACCCCUGCCCCAGCCUUUGCCUCUACCCCUGCCCCUGCGUCCCUGUCAGAGGAACAGCGGCAGCGCAUUGAAUUGAACAAGAAGCUGGCCCUGGAGAGAAGGCUGGCCCGAAUGGAGCAGCAAGGUGCCUCUCAGCCGGACGUGUGUGGUGAGGUUGAGGAACCCUCUACAAGCACAUUCACUCAAGUCAGCCAGGAGCAGGAGCAAGAAAAGGAGAAGGAGCAAGAGAAGGAGCAAGAGCAGGAGCAAGACAACGACAAAAACAUGACCUGCUCAGAACCCAGUGAUGUAAACACAUCAGAAAAGAAAGCUCCUCCCCAGGACUCUCCAUUAGUUGAUGAUGAGGAGAACUCUCCAGUCCCAGAACUGACCAAUGGCAUAGAGGACAGUAGUGAUUGACCACACCCUCUUUCUCUUGCCACUGCCUUUCGCCACCACCAGGCUCUGCGCAGGUCGCCGAUCAGGCUGAUCUGCUCUGCAUAGGUACAAUAAUAAGUUUACCCACUCCAAAUUACGCAAGCCAAAUACCUACAGUUUGUGUCAGUCUUUUUCACAUCUCAUCCAACCAGUGCCCAAUCAUCCUAUCAAGCCAAACGACAGUAUACUUUUGAUUGAACAGAGCUUUGUUGAGCGAACACAUUUGUAAAUCACCUCGAAGGGCCUUUACGCGAAGCUUGGGCAGUCUGCGUUUGUUUCUUAACUGCCUCCACAUGUGAGUGGCAGAACUGUAGUGGCGACAGUGAGGUGACGGAAGACAGACAGGACAAGGAAGAUUAUUGCCCCCGUCACCUUGUUCAGAUGUGUUGCACUUUGUUUAAUUUUUUCCCAAUUCUGUUUGGUCUUUGUUUUUUAUCCUGUUUCAUUUUUUGUAACUAUUUCUUGUCUUUUAAUAAAGUUUGCUCUUUGUGU